GCUGAGUGUUGUUGAGGGAAAAGGAAAAAAUAUAAGUUUUCAUCGGUCGACGGUUUUCAUCGUAGAUUUUCGCGAAAAUAAUAAUUCAUUUUGUAUUUUGUUAUUAAAUUUAUCGCUCGUAUUGAAAUUUUGGUUCUAGUAUUGUGUUAUUCGUUACCAUUUUGUCUUAGAACGAUAGAAAUACCGUAUAAUUCAAGUGUUGACUGUAAGCCGUACGAUGACUUUAAGAUAAAAUGCACGCUUCGUGGAAUCAAUGGGGUGGUACGGUAGCUCCGCAAGUUACUCCUUACGGAGCUGCGUAUCCUCAAGCGGCCCCUCCAGCUACGCCAUUCGGUUCGGUGAACCCAUUCCAAGCAGCUCCUCCUGCAACAACCCCGGCAGUUCCUUCAGCUUAUCAGAAUCCCUUGUACGCUCAAACUCAACCACCACCGCCCCAGCAGCCGCCUCAAACACCCCAGCAGCAGCAACAAUGGCAGCAGUGGGAGCAAUGGCAGCAACAGUAUGCUCAGUGGCAUCAGCAGUAUGGAGACAAAUACCAGGGGCCGCUUCCAACCGGAAUGGUGCCUCCGGCGAUGCCAGCUGUACCGAAUCCGUAUCUUUCGAUACCUCCGUUACCUCCUGGUGCUCCUACCGCUCAACCACCGCCUCCGGAUUCGGUGCCUCCUCCAAGUACAGAUAAAAAUGAUACCGAUCCUGGUAAACGAACGUCGCAAGAUACCGGAAAAGAAGAAACCAAGAAGCAGAAAACUGGUAAAGGGAAAGCGGAAACUGUCGAAGAUCUGAUCGAACAAGAAAAAACCUUCGACGAACAGUUCAAAACGUGGGAAUCCUCGUUUAUCAAAUGGAAAGAACAGAAUGCCAACCACCCAGAUAAAACGCAAUACAAAGAAUACGAAGCGAAAUGGGAAAGUUGGCGAGAGCAAUUGAUUCAGAAACGUGAACAGUUGCGUAAGAAACGAGAAAAUAAAGAGGCCGAAGUCGCAGCUGCGGCAGCUGCAGCAAAAGAGGCUGCUUUAGCUACAAGUAGUAACGCUCCUGGUUACAGUACAGCUAGUACUGCCGCUGUAACUCAGAGUGCUCCGUAUAUGCCUUCUUCUAUGAUGUAUCCAAUGGCCGGCAUGUAUCCAACUCAAGAUAUGUCUCAGAUGGCUAGUCAAUCGCAAAACUUUAUGCCCAAUUAUCCUAUGUAUAACAUGCCUCCGCCUAACGCGAUGCCUCCAAUGAGUAUGAUGCCUCCAAUGCCCGGGCACGAUCAGCAAAAUAAACAGAAAAUGGAUCCCUCAAAACCCAACCAGUCACUAGAAUUCUUAACAUCUUCGGCUUCAAACGCGAAAUCUAUCCCCGGAUUAGAUCUAGUUGGUUCAGAUAAACCACCUAGCACUGCUGCUACUGCUGCUACCACUGCUGUUCCACCAGGCUCUAGUAUUCCUAGUUCGAAAUUGUUUGCUUACAAUCAAGAUGUAACCAAACCUCUCCACACAUCUGACGACAAACCGUUUAAUUUUCCAACACCGCCUCAACCCAACAACUUCAACUACAACGAGCAGUCACGAAACCAGUAUUCUUCAUUUCAGCUAUCUCGACCGCCUCCUUCGCUACCUCCGAAUCAGUUCCAGAAAAAUUACCCUUACGAUCAGACUUACGAUCAGAAAAACGAUUCGAAUGAUUUCCCACCCGAUCGUAACCGAUUCGAUGACAACUUCGGUAACCAUCCAGGACCACCGGGACCGAAUACGAAAUUCGAUGACCAUCAAGGACCACCUGGACCACCUGGACCGAAUUCGAAAUUCGAUAAUUAUCGACCUCCUCCCGUCGACAUGCGUAAUAAUCCACCGCCUGAUAAUAAAAACUCGAAAUUCGGCGGCACCACGUACACUCCUAAUUUCAAUUCGGAGAAAUACGCCAAGUAUUACGAAGACGAAUACGACGAUAGCCGGUUCAGAGAUCCAGAACCCUCGGAAAGUCCUCAACGUAACAAUAACUCCCAAUAUAAUAAUUACGGCCGCAACGAUCGCGAUAAUUUCUCAAACUUUAGACAAAAUAAUUUCGGAAACAAUAGGGGUGGAUUUAAUAAUAAAUUCGACGACUUCAAUAGAGAUUUCAAUGAACCACCCGGUAACCGUAAAGAAAUGGGUAGAGGUCGUGGUAGAUCCAGCGGAAGACCGCCGUUCGGCGAUGCCAAUCAACCAGAUGGGCCGAAUUCCUUCAAUAAUAGAUAUAGAGGAUUCGGUAGAGGUCAAUCUAGUGAUAAUGCCCCUCGUCCUAAUUUCAAUUCUUGGCAGAGUAAUGAUCCACUAGCGCCGCCCGAUCGGUUUGAUAACGCUGAUAAUGAUAAACCUCAGGACUUUGGUAAACCUGUUUCGUUGCUUGAUUUACCGAUGAUGAAGCCGCCCGAUUCGUUUGACAAAAAACCGUUCGAUGAUAAACCCGGUGCACCUUUUGGUAAUGACAAACCUCUUGAUAGUAACUUUCCGAAAAAUGAUUCUUUCAAAGUUGGUGAUAUGGACAAUAGUCGUCUUGGAUUCAAUGUUCCUCCUCCAUUUAAAGGAAAUUUCGGAGAUGCUGAUAAUAGUCGUCCUGGACCGAGAGACCCGAAUUCGCAAUUUGAUGGCCCCGGCGGUAGACAAGGUCCAGGUCCAGAUAUGAAUAAAUUUCAACCUCCAGAAUCGUUCCCUCCUCCAAAACCUCAACGGAAUGCCUCUAAUCUACGUAAUAAAGACGAUGCGGCUGUUGAUAAACCUGCGCCUGCGGAAGCAGCCCCGCAAGACUUGGUACCCUCGUUGGUAUUCGACUACGAACAUGUCAAGAAAACUUCGGCUGAAACUCUUCCUUCGACGUUCGAUGCAGUUUAUAUUUUCGAUUAUGCUCAUGGAAAGAAAAAGGCUGUGGAUAAUAAAGAUUUUAUCGAGAGUUUAGCCUCCGAAGUCAAAGCUAAUGAUAGAAAUUCGUGGCAAGGAGAACCUUGGCAGAAUAAUAAAAAACCUGCAGAGGUGGCCGAACCUUUGCCACAACGCAAUAAACCGAGUGACGAUCUGACUAAAGAGUUGGCUGCCAUAUUGAAUAAAUCCGAGACUAAAUCCGAACCGUUGACCGAAAACAAACCGAAAGAAGUUAAUAAAGACGACGUAGUGGAGAAGAAAACCUUCAGUGCUCCAUGGCUUCGCGAUACAGUAAAAGAGGCACCAGCUAAAGUUGACGAGCCAAUGGAGCAGGAACCGCCAACGGAAGUAGUACAGCCUCCGUUAGCGACAGUUGAGCAGCCUCCGUCAGCGACAGUUGAGCAGCCACCGCCAGCAAUAGAGAAGCAGCCUCCGCCAGUGGCAAUGGAGACUUCAACGCCGAUAGUUCAGCCACCACCAGCGCCUGCUGCUACUUCAGUGGCAAAGCCCACAGUAACGGAGAAAACUCUGCUACCCGCUAAUUCCAAAUUGAUAGAUGAUUUAUUACUACCUCCUGGUCGCCAUUCUAGACCAAUUAAAUUAAUCAUUGUAAUGAGAGGUCCUCCUGGCUCUGGUAAAACGUAUACGGCCAAGUUGAUCAAGGAUAAAGAAAUAGAAAUGGGUGGCACUGCGCCUCGUAUUCUCUCCUUAGACGAUUAUUUCACAAACGAAGAGGAUGUCGAGUCAACCGAUCCCAUCACCGGAAAGAAAAUUACAAAAAGAGAAACUGUUUACGAGUACGAAGCUGAGAUGGAACCGAGCUAUCAAGAAUCGCUGGUGAAAUCAUUCAAGAAACAAGUCAGCGACGGAUUCUUCCCGUUCAUUAUUAUCGACUGUAUCAACGACAAGGUCAAAAAAUACGAAGAAAUGUAUUCGUUCGCAUUGUCCAAAGGAUUUCAAGUAUUCGUUUGCGAAAUGGAUAUGGACGUGAGCACAUGCAGUAAACGCAACGUCCACAAAAGGACCGAAGAAGAGAUUCAAAAAUUAGUCGACGGAUGGGAGAAAACGCCUCCAUCGCAGACCACCCUCGAUAUAAGAUCACUUCUUCAAUCGGCCGCCAUUACCGAGGUGGAUAUGGUCGAUGUCGAAGAAGAAGUCUCUGAAAAAGACAAACCAACCAAAGAAACGGAGAAAGACGAAGAGCCUGAUGACGAGAACGCCGAACCGGCCGCUGAAUCAGACGAACAAGACGAACCGACCGAAGAAGAACCCGAAAAGGCUGGAAAAGAGUCAUUGUACGAGAGUACCUGUAUUGUUGAUACGCAGGGAUUUUCUUCGUAUAUGGAUAGCUUAUGUACGAGCAAGUGGGAAAAAUCCGAAAAUACGGAAGAAAAACUAGAUCGUCUCGACGGCGUCAGCAAGAAGAAGGGGAGCACCACGUUUAAGGAGUGGCUUCAAUUGCCCGAGGACGAGACCGACUUAUCGUGGUAUGCCUCCAAUGACAAGGCCUCCAAUGACAAGACCGCCGCGACCGCCGCCGAAUCCAAUGUUCCUCGCAAGAAGAGGGUUCGGUGGGCCGAUUUGGAGGAGAGGGUGGCCCAGCAGAAGAUGAGAGCCAUCGGUUUCGUGGUCGGCCAAACCGAUUGGAAACGUAUGAUGGAUCCUUCCUUCGGAGGGAGUAAAUUGACGCAAACUAAAUACAUUUAUAAAUAAUAAUUAGUGUGCGUGUAUUUUCAAACAGCGUUGUUUUUUUUUAAUUUUUAAUUUUUUUUUUAUCAUUAUUACUUUUUAUCAACUCUUUCUUAUACAAGUACCUUGUAUAUUGUAAAAGCGACAUAAAGUUGACGAAUUUAUUGUUAUUUUGUAUUGACUCUGUUGUAUGAUACCGUUUUAAUGAUCUUUUGUUUUCUUUUUUCUUAUUUUUUUUCUCCUCAAUUCUAUCGCGUAAUUUUUUUCCGUUUUUUUUGUGAAGUGUUGGAAAAAGAAUACGAGUAAAAUUCAUGCGGAGAUGCCGAAUUUAUUAUUAGGUAUAUUAAAAACACACUUCGCUACGUGUAUAGUGCUUUUCUCUCCGUUUGCUACGAAUUUUUUUGUAUACAAUUGUAUUGUGUAUCAAACAAUUUCUAGGUUUUAGUAAUAUAUACUUUUUUUUUCGUCA